GUAUAUUUACCCGGCGGCUGAGCACGCUGUUGCGUGAGGUGCUUCCCGUCUCUCGUCGUGCCCGUGUGUCUGGUUCGGAGUGAAAUCUCCUUUCGUCCAGCUCCGCCUCGCCCUCAGUUUUCAGUUGACCAAAGAAAUGGUGAUGGAGAAGCCAAGUCCCCUGCUGGUUGGGCGGGAGUUCGUGAGACAGUAUUAUACUCUGCUGAAUCAAGCACCAGACUACUUGCACAGAUUUUAUGGAAAGAAUUCUUCAUAUGUUCAUGGUGGCUUGGAUUCAAAUGGAAAACCAGCAGAUGCCGUUCAUGGACAAUCUGAUAUCCACAAGAAGGUGUUGUCACUGAACUUUAAGGAUUGCCGCACAAAGAUCCGCCACGUGGAUGCUCAUGCCACUAUUAAUGACGGCGUUGUUGUACAGGUCAUGGGUGAGCUCUCCAAUAACACUCAGCCAAUGCGGAGAUUCAUGCAGACUUUUGUCCUUGCUCCUGAGGGAUCAGUUGCAAACAAGUUUUAUGUCCAUAAUGACAUCUUUCGCUAUCAGGAUGAAGUUUUUGGUGACUUGAAUGCUGAACCUCCAGAGGAAUCUGAGGAAGAGGCAGAAGAGCCUGAGGAAAGGCAACAGACUCCAGAGGCAGUAGCUGAUGAUUCAGCAGCUUACUAUGAACAGUCUGUCAGCAGCAAUGACUUGGAGGAACAGUUAGAAGAACCAGUUGUAGAACCAGAACCAGAACCAGAAGCUGAGCCUGAACAAGAGCCUGAAGCAGAAGUUCAAGAAGAAAAACCUGACCUAGCGGUAGAAGAAGCGGCUCCUGAGGAGGCUGUUGAGAAGAGUCCUUCUCCAGUCCCUGCAGAUCCAGCACCUGCUGUGCAAGAAGACUCUAGAACAUCUUCAUGGGCAUCUGUGACUAGUAAGAAUCUACCACCCAGUGGAGCAGUUCCAGUAUCAGGCAUACCACCUCAUGUUGUCAAAUUGCCUACAUCACAGCCCCGUCCUGAAUCUAAGCCUGAAUCCCAAACUCCACCACAGAGGCCUCAGCGGGACCAGAGGGUGAGGGAGCAACGGACAAACAUCCCUCCACAAAGAGGCCCUAGAACAAUACGGGAAGGAGAACAGGGUGACAUGGAAACUAGACGGAUUGUGAGGUACCCAGAUAGUCACCAGCUCUUUGUUGGGAACCUUCCUCAUGACGUUGAUAAGUCGGAACUAAAGGACUUCUUUCAAAAACUUGGAAACUCUCUUGCAGGUUAUGGAAAUGUUGUAGAACUACGUAUCAACAGUGGAGGAAAACUCCCUAACUUUGGAUUUGUGGUGUUUGAUGAUCCAGAACCAGUUCAGAAGAUCCUCGGCAAUAGGCCGAUCAUGUUCAGAGGAGAAGUGCGCUUGAAUGUAGAAGAGAAAAAAACAAGAGCAGCCAGGGAGGGUGAUCGCCGAGACAACAGACCCCGUGGGCCUGGUGGCACCCGUGGGGGGCUGGGAGGUGGGAUCCGAGGCCCUCCACGUGGAGGAAUGUCUCAGAAACCAGGAUUUGGCUCUGGAAGGGGCAUCGGGCAACGCCAGUGAUUAAUGGAUGAUGAGAGGAGACAAACCCUUCUUCCUGCAGAUUUGUGAAUUUCAGCCUUGGGUAUCUUGGAAUGUGGCCCUACCCUGUUAUAGACUGCUACGUUUGAUACAAUUUUGGCUCAUUUUGUUUGUGUUUGGUUUUGUGAUUUUUCUUCCUUGUCCUUGUCCCAGAUUCCAGCUUUGUGGAACAAUAUUUCAGGAAAAGAUGGAUUUUAGAAAGAAUUACCAAAUCCUUGCUCGCUCGCUGCAGACAUAUGGACUGGAUAUAUAUAUAUUUUUUUGGUACCAGUGAUUUUUCCUAAUGGAAGUGUGGCGCUUUUCUUUUUUUCUUACUGACAUGAAGUGCGCUUUAGUCAGUGGAAUUAUCCUUUUCACCUGCAUGUGUUCCGGAGCCUAUAGGAAAAUCUAGCACCUGACAAACAUUUCAAGGGCAGGGAAAUCCGUAUGUAUACCCCUUGGGAGGUGUGGGUCAUAGGACCUGUUCAACCCCAGUCCGGAGAUGUUGCUGUUUGAAAAUCGACGUUACCCUUUUUUUUUCUUUUUUCCCCCUUUUUUGUGGCGUAAAAGUGGAAUAAAGGGUAUUCAUAGAAUAUUUUCUUUUGGUACAUGAUCACGAAAAGGAAUUCUCACUACUGUUUUACCACUUACAAGGAUUGUGGGAUAGGUUUUAAAUGUCUAGAACUUGACUCUUUAAAACACUCUUCCUGAACUUGUAAAAAAAUUUUAUUGAAAUAGGGACUUUUUUCAUGUUUAGUUUGUAUUUGUAUUAAAACAGAAAAUUGUUGUGCCUUCUAUUUAUCUCUCAUUCCAGUCUUGGCAAAUCGUUAAAAAAUAAAAAAAAAGUAUAGAUUUGCUUUAUUCAGUUUUGGAGUAUGUUGAAAUCUUUCACAAUAUUUGUUUUUUGACCCCUUCUCAUUGUCAUAUGUUUUUAUAGUUGCACAGUUUUGUUUUUAAUAGCCUUAUAUAUUUGUGUAAUGCUUUUGAGGAGUUUCAGAGGCCCAGCUAUGUAUUGACACUGUCAUUAACUCUGAAGUGAGUGCCUUCCACAACUACAUGACUGUGGGAAAUGAAAUCAGAAAUCUUUAUAAUAUGCACAUGUUCAAUUUAUAAAGUAUGUUGCUAUGUGUUAAUACUUACCAUUGGCUUUAAAGUGCCGUUCUAAUAAGGAGGAAACUAUAAAGCCCAAUUUCUGAUAAUACCCAUUUUUCACUGUGAUUAUAUUCAUGGCAUUUGAUAAGCUAUGAGACAUAAUGUCUUUGCUGAAUGUAUAUAAAAGAAAAUAAAACAUCAUUGCAGCUGUGGGAGUGCCUCAUAGUCUUCUCCACAAUAUAUUAAAAUCAUCACAGUGUGUGCAGGGCUUCUAGAAAAACAACUGCAGUACCUAUUUCGAAGUAGUAUGGCUCUGGUGGAACCAUAUUAAAUUAGAAUACAGCUGAACAUUGUUGAUGGGCCAUCAUACUAAAAGAAUUUUAAAAUUUGAACAAUUUUUAUUGAGGUGGUGACACAGCUGUGACAUGCUGCAGUUGAACUUAGUUGUAUUGGUAUUCUGUAGUUGAUAAUGGGGACAAAUUAACUUUUGAUAAAAUUAGUUUUAAACUUAGAUUUGUAACUUGAGGCUUUUGGGAAUUUAUGAUUUAAAUAUGCUUAACAGGUUGAUUAGCUAUCAUGAAUCAUGCUACAGCAUUUUGCCAUGGACUGAAAUUCGCUCCUUGAAUGUCCCAUUUCAGUUAAGUAAAUUGCAUUUGGUAUAUUUUGUCUUUAGACAUAGUGGCAGUAUAAAUGAAAACAAAAUUCUAUCCAGCCUUCUGUUGCAAUGAGCAAUUAGCAUUUGGAAAGUCCAUAAGCAAGGCUUGAGUAUUCCCUAGCAAGUAGCAUUUAGAAACAUACCAUUUAUGAUAAUUGAGGGGAAAAGCCUUUAGAUUAAUAGCUACUUACGGCUUUUAUUCUCCACUGAUUUAUUCUAUGAUUGUAUGCUAUGUGAAUACUUGUGUCAAGUCCUAGAAUCACUGUACAUGUGGAAGAGACUUCACACUGUGAAUUAUUUUAAACAGGGCUGAUAUCCCUCCCUUUCCUGCCUCCCCCGCCCAAGUAGUUUCACAUUCUAACAUUUCCUUGUAUGGUAUUUGUGCUUUCCUUGAUCAUUAUGCUUGCCUUUUUUUGCAUCUUUUCUGGUUCUACAAUAAUACUGUAAUCUGUAUGGACUAGAUGUGUUCAGUGUGAUUCAAUCUGGUCUUUUUCCUGUAGCCACAGAUUGGCUUACCUUUUAUUGUGCAUUCUACCACAAAUAUAUUUACUGCCAAUAUCUCUCAGCUAAUGCUGUAUUAAAUAUGAAUAGUCUUGCUUACAUUUGGGCAGUAUUACUGUGCAUUCCUAGGGUUUGGAAAUAACUUCUAGAGGUGUUUUGCUGCCAGUUAUCCCAACCAAUGUAUUAAAUUUGGAGUUGACUGUUAACUUGAUCACUCAUUGCUAGGUCCUAAUUUCAGAUCACUUAUGAACAGAGUAUAAAGGCAUCCCUGUUCAAGCUGUUUUUGAGUUACAUUGGCUACCUUCCUAUCUUUCAAGAAUAGAGACAAGAAUAGUUCAAAAGAAUUGUUUCAUUGUCUUUUGGAUUUCUUUGUUUUAUCAUUUGUCCAAAAAAAGCCAAAAACCAACCCUAUACUUUAGCUCUUUAUAUUGUUUGUAGAAGUUCCUGAGAUCCUUACUGGAAACUAACCAGUUUUGCCAAAGUAUCUGCCUUAUAUGAUAAGUAAUGAAGGCAGGCAAAAUAUGCAGUUUUUCUGCAAUCUCCUUAUUAAAUGUUUGCUUAUCCAAUAAUAAAAUUACCAUUCUAGCCAGGUUGCUUUCUUCUGAUGUGUUUAAAGAUCUGAUGAACUGUUCUCAGCAUUUUUUUGCAUCCAUUCUGAGUUUCCAUUUAUUUGGUCAGUUUAAUUUCUUUUUCUGGUUUCAGCAAAAACUGUCCAGGUUUUGAAGAAAGCUUUUAAUACCUAUGCCAAUUAGUAAUUUUCUGUAUACAUAUAAAUGAAAUGUGAUUUUUGUUUUC